AUGGCGGAACCAACCAAUGAGGAGCUAGACCUACUAGAUUCAGGGCCUCAAGGCACUAAUCUGAUGUUUGAAGAGCCAAUAGACGAGAAUGACCAACAAGAAUUCGAGCCAUUCCCAGAAAUUCAACACGAUGUGGAGAUUGACGAUGUGGAGCUAGAAGGCCCUGACGAGGAGGAAGGCCAUGAGGCUGAUUAUGCUGAGCAAUCCGAAAUACAAGAUCAGCCCGAUGACGACCAGGCGUACUCUGUCGCUGAACUGGAAGCUGACACUUUGGAUGCCAUCUCCAGCAAACCAACAGAAGCCUUUGACGAAUCUGACCUAUUUCCUGGGUGGAGCUUUCCCACAGACAAGGUUAAUACCAAUGAGCCUGUUUCAGUGCCAAUAGAGCUAGUAUCAACAUCCGGGACAGGCAAAGCUAAACAGCUCAAGUACAGCAUGAAGAGGGAUAUUGCAAAGACGGCUGAUGCCCUUCUAGAAGCAGCCGCUGAUAUCGAGGCUAUUAAUUAUGAUAUCAAGUGUGUCAAGGUCUUACGGCAACGAGAAGUUCGCUCCAUACCAGCAUUACGAAAUAAAACGUCUGAACUCAAGCAAGAACUGGAACGUCUCUUUGCAUCAGCGUCGUCCUCAGCUCGCCAAAAAGACGCAGACAAGAUUACCAUUGUCACUGCACGCCAAAAGUACAAGGCUUCGUGCAGUGAAUACGAGAAAUGCAUCGACACUAUAGCUGAUUGUGAUUCCAUUGUUGAGAGAUUAGAGGGUACUCUGGGAACUGUGCAAUUAAGAAUGGACGCUCUACAAGCUCAAAAUACAGAUUUAAGGUCCCUGUCCAAGGUUAUUGAUGCCUCAGACAAGAUUCAUAGAGACCAGAUUACUCGAGAACGAGAAGAACGUGCUACACUAGCUUCGCAGACCGCACGACCUAUUGAUGCAAGAUUUGCUAGCAAGCAACUGAUUAGCAAACCAAGUCUGUCGGAAAGUGAAAAACAAGAGAUGGAGGCUCAAAGAGCCAAGGCCAUAAGAGAACGAUGCAAUGCCGCAGUCACCAGAAUUAAGAGGACGAAAGCCGAAAUGGAGCAGCAAUCCCUUCUUGCUGCAAAGAAACGAGAGGAUGCUCUGAAGAAAAUAUCUCAAGAAAUGCGGCAGAUAAGAAAAUUCACAAAGGCCAUUGAAGUCAAUUCGAAAACAUCACCAUCCUCCUUGACUUUGCCCGCACCAAAUGCAACAGCAAACAUAUUGCCGAAUCCGAAAACAGAUAUAACAACUUCAGAACAACGUAAAAUGGCCAUUUUGCAGAAACUGAUGCGUGAAGAAGCCAUUAUGAACAAACGACGAGUGUCAUCCUAUCCAGCUGCAGCUACCAAGAGAUCCCAACCAGCACCAUCACCAUUAAAACCUGCUCUCCGACUAUCCAAAGAAAGCAUAUUGUACCCUACAACUGCACUAGGUAGCUCAUGUACCAAGAGUCUGGAUAUAAUACUAGACGUCGAAGACCACGACAUUAGAUUUCCAUGGGUCAAGACUUCGAACAGGCCUGGGCAGGUCGAUGAUGACGACCAAGACGAAGUGCGGUUCGAGUUCGAAACACCUAAACUCGUCAAUCUCGAAGUUUAUGAGGUCGGGACAGAUACGUGGGUGUCGAUGUUGGGUGUCCAUAGUUAUAUUGCUGUGCCUACAGAGCCAUCUUCUCCAACCAGCAAUUUGGCUUUAACGAGCCCUGGAGCUUCGGAAACGCCAACAACAGUAUCACCCAUCACACCAGAAGCUAAACCAUCUUCAGCUGGUAAAGACAAGACCGUAUCACAGGACCCUAUCUCACCAAUAGCUAGGCCAUCAUCAGGUCGCAUUGUUCAACCAUGGACAUGGCUAGAACGGUUCCCUCCGCCUUUCCAAUUCUACCCAGUAAACAAUAUAUUGAAACCUGGACAUCAACGACAUAUAGACGUAGUUUUGAGUAUACCGACACCCACAACCAGCACCAUAUCAGGUCUGCCGUUACCUCUAUGUGGUGGCGGUGAGGAUCCUUCGUCAGGACCGAAUAGUAGGAUUGCUUCAGCAGCUCCUCAAUCUGAAGAUGGUAACAAGCCACCAUCAGCGAAAAAGAAAAAGGCACCACUAGGCAAGGACCAGUUAUCAGCUGCAACAGCCACUCCGGCACUCUCAGCAAUAGAUCCGUUGGGAGAUCCACCAGAAGUAUCCGAACAAAAGGAUUGGAUCAAACGAUUAUCGGUUUUCAAAGAAUCUCGAAUGACCUGGGAGAUUCCUUGCCGUAUCACUGAAGCGGCUGCACCAUCAGCCAGGCUAUCUGCCUUGAUUGCUGGAAUGAAUGCUACCGCUACUGUAUCAAAACAAAGGCUGGCUGAUUCUCCUAGUCGUAAAAUUCGACCUGACCUGUUACUUACAACUCAAGUCCACGUCGUCCGACCUGAUAUUGUCUUGUUCGCACCUACUUCUGGAGUAAUCAACUUUGGAGAGGUGCCAGUUAAUGAGACACUUUGCAAGAAACUGACGGUUCAAGUCUUGCAACCAGCACAACCACGAUAUAGAUUCGAUAAGAGUGAUGGAUGUUUUGGAGUGGAUUCAUCCGAUAAUAGCACAGAUGCAGAUAUGUGGGCAAAACCGGGGAUUAUAGAACUUUCGUUAACCUAUCAGCCCACCUUCCUUGGUACUCAUCGGGCUAUAUUCGGUCUGCAUACACCUACCACUCAACUAUUAGUGCACCUCGUUGGAGUUGGUGUAUCCCCAUGUGUAGAAUUAGAACCUCUAAGCAUCACCGAUGAUGCUAAAUUCAUUGGAGACGCCAUGAUUGGAAACUCGUGUAAUGCUACAGUAUUGAGUCUCAGCAAUACUGGAUCUGUAGCUGCUAAGGUCAAGUUGUCCAUGGCACAACCGGCCGAAAAGCGAGAACAAGAAUGUCAACCCCUUGUAAAUCCAGCAUUCACUCUUAUCACACCUUCUGAGCCCACAUUCUUAGCCCCUGCCAAGAAAAUGGAUGUAGUAGUUGCGUUUGAAGCUCCUACUGGUGGAUGUGAUCAGGACUGUAGUGCUGAAUUGAUUGUGGAUGUGUGGGGACAGAAACGACCUUAUCUUGUUAAAGUAUGGGGACGAGCAUGGUCUACUAGCGGUGCAUUGCAAGGAGUAGAAAGUCAAGUUGUUGUCGAAGAAACCAAGCAGCCGGAACUCGUAGGCUCCGGCGAGACUCCCGCCGAGACUAGUAAUCCGCCCCUUCCAAUAGCUACCACCACAACAAGCAGCAAAACCAUGCUUGUAAGACUACCAUGGAUUCAAGACACAAGCGACUCGACAUGGAAGAUCCAAUCCAAAGUAAUCAGCAUUCUAAAUCUCAAGCCCAAUGAAGUCAAACUUGAAGGACAAGUGCCAAGUGGAAAGAAGAUUGCUCCCGCAAAACCACUCGAAUAUACCAUUGAAGCCGAAAGACCAUCAUCGCCAUCGAGCCCACCCGAAAAAGCAGUUUUCUCCUUCGAUUCAACGUCUGGUAGUGUUGAUCAGGGAUCUAAAAAGGAAAUAAUAAUCACUCUUCGUAUGGACGGGCCUGGUAGUAACAGUAAUCUCGAUGCACUGACGGCUGCAGCUGCAACCAAGCCAUCACGUGCUCCUACACCUAGCAAAAAGAAGGGAGCUGCUGACAAGGCUAAAGUAGAUGCGAAUUCCGAUAAUGCUGCUAGUUUGCAACCACCUACAGUAACGUUUACGGCACCAAUACCAUGUGAUACCAAGUACAAGAUUGUAGUUAGAGGUGCUUUAGGAGGUGAACCCGGUGUGAUUGCUCCAGACCAGAUUUGGAAUCUUCACGUCAUUACUGAAAUGCCUGCGGCGGCAGUAAAGACUGAACGCGGAGAGAGACUAUCCAUAUCGAACAUAGAAACUGCUCAAUAA